GUGAAUGGGAUCGAUCUGCGGAAUGCCAGCCACGAAGAAGCUAUCACUGCGCUGAGACAGACGCCCCAGAAGGUGCAGUUGGUUGUUUAUAGAGAUGAAGCGCAUUACAAAGAUGAAGAAAACUUAGAGAUUUUCUAUGUAGAUAUACAAAAGAAAACGGGCCGAGGACUAGGGCUCAGCAUAGCUGGAAAACGAAAUGGAAGUGGAGUGUUUAUCUCUGACAUUGUUAAAGGAGGAGCUGCAGACCUAGAUGGAAGAUUAAUUCAAGGAGAUCAGAUUUUGUCUGUAAAUGGAGAGGAUAUGAGAAAUGCCUCACAAGAGACUGUUGCCACUAUACUUAAGUGUGCCCAAGGCCUAGUGCAUCUUGAGCUUGGGAGAUUGCGAGCUGGAUCGUGGCUAUCAUCACGGAAGACAUCCGAAAACAGUCAGGCAAGCCAACAGAGUUUCCAUAGCCACUUCCACCCUGCGCUUGCUCCGGUCCUCUCUACCUUACAGAAUUUUGUCAGCACGAAAAGAUCUUCAGCAGAUGUGUCUCAGAGAAACUCAGUAGGAGCAGAUAUGGGCCCCAGGACUGUGGAGAUAACAAGGGGACCAAAUGAUGCACUUGGCAUCAGUAUAGCAGGAGGGAAGGGAAGUCCAUUAGGAGAUAUCCCCAUCUUCAUUGCUAUGAUUCAAGCCAGUGGUGUGGCUGCACGUACCCAAAGACUCAGAGUUGGAGAUCGGAUUGUCAGUAUUAAUGGGCAACCUUUGGAUGGGCUGUCUCAUGCAGAUGCGGUUAAUCUACUAAAGAAUGCUUAUGGGAGCAUUAUCCUGCAGGUUGUGGCUGAUACCAACAUCAGUGCCAUUGCUACCCAGCUGGAGAGCAUGUCUGCGGGAUGCAACCUUAACUCGUCUUCUGAGCAUCCUUCUGAAGAUCCCGAAGCACCUCAGCCUAAGAUUAUUACUUUGGAGAAAGGCUCUGAUGGACUGGGAUUUAGUAUUGUAGGGGGGUAUGGAAGUCCCCAUGGAGACCUGCCCAUUUAUGUCAAGACUAUAUUUGCCAAGGGAGCAGCUGCGGACGACGGCAGACUGAAGCGUGGCGAUCAGAUUUUAGCAGUUAAUGGGGAAGCUUUGGAAGGUGUUACCCAUGAGCAAGCUGUAGCUAUUCUGAAGCGCCAGAAAGGAACUGUAACAUUAACGGUGUUAUCGUGAAUGUCAUUGUGCUUGCGGAGAUAAAUACAAUUAUUUUAGAACAUCAGUAGAGCUGUAAUAAUACUGUUCAGCCCUGAGCGAGAUGUAAAGCAAACCCUGGCAAAAAUGAAUCCGUAUUCACCACAUUGCCAGAAAGGGUAGUGUGCAUCUCGAGCUUCAUUUAGCCUUCCACAUAUAUCAGCCUUUCUCCCCACCCUCCCCUAUUUCUGGUAGCUUUUGAGGUUUCUCUGGACAAGUUUAAUUAAGAAACUUCAAAGAACAAUAUCCAUUUAACUUUCUUUAUACGUCGGUUUAUCCCCACUAAUCUGAACCCCAGUUAC